UUUACCCGUAAAAGGGUCCAGGAAUCUAACCCGUCGGGCACUCUGCUUCCCAAGUACUACCCAAGUCGUUGUUCAAAGGCUAUAAAACUUCGAGCAGAAACCAAUUCCACAUUGCACGAUUUCUUCACAAACAUCGGCAAGUUGUUUGGUUUUGAGUUCAGAGAAGAAGGCAAAUUCGAGAUGAGGCUGUUGAAGGUGGCCACAUGUAAUCUGAACCAGUGGGCUAUGGAUUUUGAUUCCAACUUGAAGCACAUCAAAGAGUCCAUAGUAAUGGCUAAGGAAGCCGGGGCAGUGAUUCGGCUAGGCCCCGAGCUCGAGGUCACCGGUUAUAGCUGCGAGGACCAUUUUUUGGAGCUGGAUACCGUUACUCAUGCAUGGGAGUGUUUGAAAGACAUAUUACUUGGUGAUUGGACUGAUGGCAUCCUUUGCAGCAUUGGUAUGCCCAUUAUAAAAGGGUCCGAGCGUUACAAUUGUCAAGUUCUGUGUUUUAACAGAAAAAUUGUUAUGAUACGCCCGAAGAUGUGGCUUGCAAAUGAUGGAAAUUACAGGGAGCUUCGAUGGUUCACAGCAUGGAAGCAAAGAGACCAACUUGUGGACUUUCAGCUCCCAAUUGAAAUUUCUGAGCAUAUAUCACAGCAAACAGUACCUUUUGGCUAUGGAUUCAUUCAGUUUUUGGACACAGCUGUUGCGGCUGAAAUUUGUGAAGAGCUUUUUACUCCUCUUCCUCCUCAUGCUGAACUUGCAUUGAAUGGAGUUGAGGUGUUCAUGAAUGCAAGUGGAAGUCACCACCAACUAAGAAAGCUUGAUAUUCGACUCAGUGCUAUUAAAGGUGCUACUCAUACUCGCGGAGGGGUUUACAUGUACAGCAAUCAGCAGGGAUGUGAUGGUGCCCGCCUUUACUAUGAUGGAUGUUCUUGCAUUGCUGUAAAUGGAGAUGUGGUGGCUCAAGGCUCACAAUUUUCUUUGAAGGAUAUUGAGAUUGCGGUUGCUCAAGUAGAUCUAGAUGCGGUUGCUAGUCUUAGAGGAUCUAUUAGUAGUUUUCAAGAGCAAGCAAGCUGCAAAACCAAAGUUCCUUCAGUGGCAGUACCAUACAAGCUUUCUCAACCUUUUAACCUAAAGAUGUGUCCUUCCAGUCCACUUGAGAUCAAGUAUCACUGUCCUGAGGAAGAAAUAGCCUUUGGACCCAGUUGCUGGUUAUGGGAUUAUUUAAGAAGGAGUGGAGCUUCUGGUUUUUUGCUUCCUCUUUCUGGUGGAGCAGAUAGCUCCUCUGUGGCUGCUAUAGUUGGCUGCAUGUGCCAGCUGGUUGUCAAAGAAAUUGCAAAUGGAGAUGAGCAAGUCAAAGCUGAUGCAAUACGAAUUGGAAAUUACACUGAUGGACAGUUUCCUACCGACAGCAGAGAAUUUGCUAAACGCAUAUUUUACACAGUAUUUAUGGGAUCUGAGAACAGUUCUGAAGCCACAAAAUCACGUGCAAAGGUACUAGCAGAUGAGAUUGGCUCGUGGCAUCUUGAUGUUUCCAUAGAUGGGGUUAUUUCUUCUCUUCUAUCUUUGUUUCAAACACUUACAGGAAAGCGACUGCGCUAUAAGGUAGAUGGUGGAUCUAACAUCGAGAACUUAGGUUUGCAGAACAUUCAAGCUCGAAUCAGAAUGGUGCUAGCUUUUAUGUUAGCAUCACUCUUGCCUUGGGUGCAUAACAAACCUGGAUUUUAUCUUGUUUUGGGUAGCUCCAAUGUGGAUGAAGGAUUGCGUGGUUAUCUAACAAAGUAUGAUUGCAGCGCAGCCGAUAUUAAUCCAAUCGGAAGUAUUAGUAAGCAGGAUCUCCGGGCAUUUCUGCGAUGGGCUGCCACCCAUCUUGGUUACUCAUCCUUGGCAGAUAUUGAAUCAGCUCCACCAACUGCCGAACUGGAGCCUAUACGUUCUGACUACAGUCAGCUGGAUGAAGUGGACAUGGGAAUGACAUAUGAGGAACUCUCAGUCUAUGGAAGGUUGCGGAAAAUCUUCCGAUGUGGUCCAGUAUCUAUGUUCAAGAAUCUCUGCUACAGAUGGGGUGCAAGACUAACUCCAUCGGAGGUGGCUGAUAAAGUAAAACACUUCUUCAAGUAUUAUUCCAUCAAUCGACAUAAAAUGACUGUAUUGACACCUUCCUAUCAUGCUGAGAGUUAUUCACCAGAGGAUAAUAGGUUUGAUCUUCGCCAAUUCCUGUACAAUACAAGAUGGCCAUAUCAAUUCCGGAAGAUUGAUGAACUUGUGCGAGAAUUAGAUGGUGACCAAGUUUCCAUCAGAGAAUCAAGUGACCAUGAAAAGUUGGGACCUAUGUCACAUGGUGGAGGUCUGGGAGUUAUUGCAGCAGGCUCAGGCAACCCAAAUGUUGGUCUUUAAUUGACAUAAAUACAACCUUACAUGUGAACCUAAUUGGUGAAAAUUAGAUAUGUUCAAUUUAUUUCUCAUCAAGCUGGGUUAUGUAAUUACAUUGUGACCUCUCAAAUCCAUAUAUCAUGGAUGAUUGUUACCCCUUACACUCUUUAUCAGUAUUGCCUAAUGUAUGUAUAGGCUACUCUGCAUUCUUUCAAUAAUUCAAAUAAAAAACAUUCAAGCCA